UACAGAUAAUUUUGUGUGUGGGGUACAGAGAUGAGGUAGUCAUUCAAAAAUCAUGUUAAACACAUUUUUUUUGCAUAGAGAUUCCAUGCAACGUAUUAUGCGACUUGCUAAGCACAUCUAUACUCUUUAACUUAUUUAGGCUUGCCAUAACAAAUGGGUUGAAUACUUGUUACCUCAAGGCAUUUCAGCUGUACAUUUAUUUUAUUAAAUUAUAUUUCGAAAAAUAUAAUUCCACUUUGACAUUGUGUGGUAUUGUGCAUAGGCCAGUGACCCCAAAACAUCUAAAUGUAAUAGAAAAUGUGGGAAAGGUCAAAGGGUAUGAAUACUUUGUGAAGGCGGUGUAUAUGAACUGUUUAGCUCAUGGGCCAGGUGAUAGAAACGCCAACGUCAGUACCUGGGCUCUAAAGGUCGGCUGAACGAUACUUUCCUGUGGAUAUUUUGUCUCACAUUUCGAGCAGCUGAAAGACAAGUCGCACAGAAAACAGUUCUCUACUACCUCUACCACAGUGACAAAGUGUUGACGCAGAGGACCAUGUUAUUCAAACCACUCUGAAGAUAGUGUUUUAAUCGCACUUUUUAAAAAAUGGACACACUGAAAUCCUCCCGUGUUUAUUUCGAAUGCUAAUAAAUGUGAUCAUUUUAUAUACAAGGGAAAUAACUAUCUUAUUGCCAGACAGUGAGUGACACAGUCUAUUCCCAUUCACCUCAAUGGAAGUUCCAGUCACACCAAUUCUACCCUCUAACUCCACCCUGCCAACACCUUUCCCUCUGCACCCGGCCGUGGCCCCAUCAGUCCAGCUUGGAUUUACCAUCCUCUACACUACUCUCUACGGAAGUCUCUUCUUGGUAGUCUACGUUCAGCUCUGGCUCCUCUUUCUCUACCGACACAAGCGCUGGAGCUACCAGAGUGGGUUUCUGUUCCUCUGUCUUCUCUGGGCGGCUCUUCGUACCACCCUGUUCUCGUUCUACUUCCAUAAUGCCCUGGAAGCCAAUCACCUGGCCCCAGUGUUUUACUGGCUCCUUUACUGCUUCCCUGUCUGUCUGCAGUUCUUCACCCUCAGUCUCAUCAACCUCUACUUCACUCAGGUAUUACUCAAAGUGAGAGAGAAGUACAACCCUGACACUCAACCCGCCAAUGGACUAUGUUGGGCGCGGUGCUUCUACACCACCCUGAGUGGUGUGUUCCUGUGUGUCAACGUGGUGUGUGCUGCUCUCGGCUGGAACGGGGACAGUGGAGGAGCAGGAACUAAAACAUGGAGUCUGGUUCUGAUACGAGUGCUGGUCAACGACCUGCUUUUCAUCUUUGAGGCUGUCUGUCUAGCUGCACUACUGCUUCUGUUAACCCGACGCUCCCCAUCCACCAGCCCUUACCUGCAUAGUAAGGGAACAACAGUGUGCCAGACUGCAGUACUAGGAGCAGGUGUAAUAUUGCUCUUUGCUAGUCGAGCAUGUUACAACCUGGCUGUUCUCAUACUGUCCCAGAAUCACAGAGUGGAGUCCUUUGACUUUGACUGGUACAAUAUCUCUGACCAGGCUGACCUGCGUAGUGAACUGGGAGACCGGGGUUACUUGGCAUUCGGUGUAAUUCUCUUCAUAUGGGAGCUGCUUCCCACCAGCCUCCUCAUCCUCAUCUUCAGAGUCCGCCAACCGCCUCAAGAAGAUGGCUGUAGUAUGCCCAACAGCAACAGAGUACCCCGGCCGUACUUCUUUGAUGACCCAGCAGGGGAAGACGCUGACUCGGGUGUUCCUUGGGUCAACAGCUCACAUCCACACCAAAGCUGGUAUGGAUCCAUCAAGGAGACGACACCUCUCGUCUUUGCCAGUAACCCUCUGGACCAGAACCAACACCACUCCUUUUACUCUACGCCACAGAACUAACUGAUCCUCUGUCCCAAAUGGCACCCUAAUUCCCUUUUUAUAGUGCACUACUUUUAACCAGGGACCAUAGGGCUCUAGUCAAAUGUAGUGCACUAUGUAGGUUAGAGGGUGCCAUUUGGGACGUGUCUUGAUCCUGUCUGUCUGCAGUGAAAUGCUGAAGCGCUCUAUCUCAGGUUGCUGAAAAGGCGCUGCGCGGUCGAUCCGACAUCUACUUUGGUCAUGCAGCAUUUACAGUGAGUCGGCGCGUCCGUACUUCGCCGAGCUGUUGGCAAGGAAGUGACUUUGUGUUUUUAUACAGAACCUCCCGCCCUCGCCUACCGUCACCCAAUCGUGUCAAUGCGGAGCUACGUGGAACCCUCCGCAUUGUUACAUUUGGGGAGGCGCACGGCGAUUGUGGUCCGGAGCUCAGUUUGGCCUCUGGAGGCUCUGCAAUUGUCACAUCCUCCCGUACGGAGCCUCAAACCACAUUUUUAAAUCCAGCAUAAAUUGUCUUUGAUCGCUUCCAGCUGCAGACAGCAAUACCUCCAUUCAAAUUGACUGGUGUUUUUGCACACAAAACAACAACCUCAUCACUAAAUAGAGUAACUAUGCACCUUUUCUUUUAUUGAUCAACUGAUGACCGUCAUCUCCAACGGAGCCUCGUUUUUUGUGGGGUUUUUUAAAUUCCUAUGAUUGGUCGCGAUGUGUUUUGUCCUCUGACCUGUGUAUUCAUUAGAAUGCUAUUUCAUGUCAACUCCUUGUCCGUCAAUGCCAUGUCAACUGAGGUGGUAAGAGGACAAACACUGACACUCAGGCUAUAUUCAUUCCAUUAUAGAAAGUUUAUUUUCAACUUUUCUGACAGGACUAAAUGUCAUUAUUUUUUAAAGGUAUUGUUUCCUACUUGCCGUCUAGCUUAAAGGCACUGUAAAAAUCGGCAUGACCACUUUCAUAAGUAAUGCAGACAACAGAUUAGUUUUGUCAUUUUAUGUGAUUGUACAUUGAAGUAAACUAACUUAUUUAAUCAUAUCACCUGUCGUUUUAGCAGUUAUGGACCAAAUACCUCUUCCUUCUCACCAGCAUCCAUUUUAUAAGGGAAUUUUCUAGGUGCUUCAUAGCUAAACAGAAUAUACUCAGAUUGUGUAAAUGUGUGAUUACACUGAACAAAAAAAGCACAACAUGUAAAGAGUUCUCGUGUUUUUAUGAGCUGAAAUAAAAGAUCCCAGAAAUGUUCCAUA